AUGGAAUCGGAUGGGGAACGUGUGCGCAAGCGUCAAAAGUGCUCAGAUCGCAACUCGGACAACGUGGCCUCUGGCUUGCCCGCAACCUCAAUGACAACAGACGCGCCACUGGCAAUGAAAAGUACCCUCAAGGGCCGACGAAGAUACAAUGCAGACAUUGCGGACAUGGAGAAACAUCGCAACAACUUUCGACGUGGAGACGAAGACAGCACGUUUGAAUGUCGUAUUGUGGGCUCGGACCAGCGAGUAAUGGCGGCCUUGAACUUCUUCAUCUCUGACACGUCCGACUACCCGGAGAACCACACGUUCUUCUGCCAUUCAUCCGACGAGAAUGUCCCUGAUGUCGUCGCGCAAGCGAUUGAAGCUCUGCACGAGGAGCAGUCGCGUGCCAUCGAGGACAUGCUAGAGAGGCUACUGACCGUGCUCGCGAAGAAGCUUGCGGGCGACGUAGACACGGAUGAAGAGAUGGAGGAAGACGACUUCGACUACGAUGGACACUCGGACGACGGACUAGAUCUCGACAUCGUCGACAAGGAGAAGAUCGACUACCGCCUGCUACAAACCCAUUUCAACGAGGUGGUGGCCUACGGAUACCGCCCAGGCUUCAUACCGUUCGGAGUCGACGACUUUGUGCUCUCAGUCUCUAUCCCGAUCAUCAGGCUUGCGCGGGACAUCCCCGCCCGUGCCCUGAUGGCCUGGGACAGACGGCUGCUCUCGCGAACGCAGCAUCUGACGUUGCUGGUGACAGGUUUGCGUGGCACAUACCCCGUGCUACAGGCCGACGGCACAGUGCGCUCGGAUGCGGCCAUGCGUGGCAUCUCUCCGCAAUUCAGGAUCGGACUCACGCCGAUCUACAAGCCGCAGAAGGAGCAUGUGGCGGCGGUCGUGCGCGUGUUUGGGUUGAAGGAGCAGCCGUCUGACGCGCCGCCCGCCAAGGAGCUCUUCGACGAGCCCUUGUCGGAUGACGAAGGAGACAUAGCACUGCCCUCGGAUGAAGAGCCAGCAGUCGAGGAAUCCACCUUCCAGCCGUUCAGCUUGAGCGCCUCGCUAGAGACUCUGUUGAACCAGCGUUUCUUGCGUGUCGUCCAGCUAAGGCUGGAGCAUGAGCUCGGCUGGGCCGGAGCGGAAAUACUGGCAUGGGAGGCCGAGAAGCUUCAGAAGAAGCCUGUCGACAUCCUAAAGAGUAUGAGGAAGCAAAUACGGCAAGCCGAUGAGAAGGAAGCGGAGCUUGCCAGUAGCUACAACUUGCCACCUGAUCCUCUCCUAGGCAAUGAGCGCUCCGCUCCGCUGAAUCUUCCCUUGCUGGCUUUCUGUUACUUGCUACGACGGUUGACAUUGUGUCCUCGCUACUGCGUCGUGUGCCACGAAGAGCUCAAGACAGGGUAUGAAUCUCUCAAGCCGUAUGUCUGCGACACAGGACUCUGCACAUACCAAUAUUACAACCUCAACCUCGGCCCCACGUUGGAGUAUGAAAUCUGCGAGAAUACAGACAUCGUGGACCUCCUUGUCUCUAUCACAUACAUUGCCGCGAAAGAGUCGUCCACAGAAGGUCCCUUCCCUAUCGGCAUGGGUCUUCGUGUGCCACACAUGCCGGGGGUAACCGUGCCCAUGGACGAAGAAAAGCUCUGUGACUUUGAUCAGCUGACUCCGCUCCAAAUGUGUAAAUCUGUCGUUGAACUGUUCAAGUCGCUGCCUUCCAUUGCGUCCAUGAAGAAGCAUCUGGAGAAGCCGGUCGUCAUUGGAAGAUCCAAGCCCAAGCUUAGGGACGUGGCUCCCACUGUACCCAUUGCCGCAUGGUUGCUUCUUCGAUGGUGUGUUGGAUCCUGUAUGGCUCACUUGGAAGAAUUGCGCUCGCAAGAGGACCGUAUCACCAACAUAGAUCCUUCCUGGAGGCAGUUCCGCUUCAGUGUAGGUGCCCCUGACGCCGAGGCCAAAUUUCAAAGCGCCCUGGCAGAAGUGCAGCAGACCGAUGCCAACUCUGUAAAAUAUCCUUCACUCUAUGCGUUCCAUGGAUCCCCGUUGAAAAAUUGGCACUCAAUCAUUCGGCAUGGAUUGUGGUUCAAGACAGUUGCUCACGGAAGAGCUUACGGAGACGGUGUCUAUUUCGCGAAGGAUGGCACGGUCUCGCAAGGUUACUCAGCUCGGGCGCAGACUGGUUGGAAGAGCAGCUCACUCAACAUACAAUCAUGCGUUGCUCUCGCUCAAAUCGUCAACAUGCCCUCGCGAUUCGUGAGCACGAACCCUUAUCUGGUGGUUGCGAACACGAAUUGGAUCAUCUGCCGAUACCUUCUCGUCCAUUCCGCCAAUCCAGAUGCCGCAGCAGAAGAGCGAUCUACCGAACUCAGCAUUCCGUAUGUCGAGUUAGAUCCCGCCAAUCGGUUGACGAUGGCCACUAGAGAGGUGCAAGUCCCGGAACCUUCCUACAGGCUCGAGAAGCUUCUGUCUGCACGACGUGAUGAAUACCUCGAGGUCGACUAUGACGCGGACGACAUGACUGUUUUCAAGAACGGCGAGACCAUCUCCCAAUCACCAACGAACGCGCUGCAGGGGGCAACAGAUGAAAGCGAUUGGGUCCAUGAUCCUGUCUGGGUGAACGCUAGCAUCGAGAACGUACUGCCUCCCCCUUCGGAGUCCAGUCUGCAAGCAACGAUGGCGGUGCAGAGAGAGCUAAAGGCGAUGCUGAAGGAACAAGAACAAGCGAAGACAAUGAGAGAGCUCGGGUGGCAUUUGCCGACAGAAUUCAUAGGAGAUAAUUUGUACCAAUGGAUCGACCUUGCGAUAGCCAAGGAUAUGGAAGCCCGAAACGUCACUUCUCUUGUCUUCGAGAUCCGAUUUCCCCACACGUUCCCCCAUAGCCCGCCGUUCUUUCGUAUCUUAAAGCCGCGACUUCUGCCCUUUAUCUUGGCAAGCGAGGGCGGUGGAGGACAUGUAACGGGUGACAGUCUUCUAGGUGGUUCUAUGUGCAUGGAUCUACUGACGGCCGAUGGCUGGCUGCCAAGCUACAGCAUUUCGGCUAUCUUGCUACAGAUCAAACUAGCUAUAUCAAACGUGGAGCCUCGUCCCGCCCGACUUGCGCAGAAUUGGGACGUACCUUACGGAAUGCAAGAAGCGUUAGACGGCUACAAAAGAGCAGCAAAUACUCAUGGAUGGACGAUCCCGCGAGGGUUGGAGAAACUCGCACGUUGA